UCCUUGUUGUUUUUUUGACAGACAUUGCGAGAUUUAGGUUAGACGGGUUAGUUUUUGUAUUGACAAAUGUAAAAAGUGGUGAAAAAUAAGUAAUGCCUUCAUAAAGCAAAGAUACAAUUAAAAUUAUUAUUUAAGCGUAUUUUUGAAUAUUUCCACAACUCAGAAGUCUAUUACGAUGACGGGGUGGUACUACGAUAAGAAAGAGUUAAGGAACACUCCUUCUUCUCAAGAUGGAAUUGAUUAUGACACAGAAAUGCGAUAUCGAAAGGAAGGAGCCCGAUUUAUUAUUAACACCGGGGCCAAAAUGGAUCUUGGUUAUAAUACUACAGCCACCGGCGUUGUAUAUUUUCAUCGCUUUUACAUGUUUCAUUCAUUUCGCCAAUUUCCAAGAUACGUGACAGCUUGCUGCUGCCUAUUUCUUGCAGGGAAAGUUGAAGAAACGCCAAAGAAGUGUAAAGAUAUCAUAAAAACUGCGCGAGGACUGUUGUCAGAUCAAAAAUUUGCAACUUUUGGAGAUGACCCUAAAGAAGAGGUAAUGACUCUUGAACGAAUUUUAUUACAAACAAUAAAAUUUGAUUUGCAAGUAGAACACCCAUACAGCUAUUUGUUAAAGUACGCCAAGUGUUUAAAAGGAGACAAAAACAAAUUGCAAAAAAUGGUUCAGAUGGCCUGGACCUUUGUAAAUGACAGCCUUUGCACAACAUUAGCCUUACAGUGGGAACCUGAAAUCAUAGCUGUAGCCUUAAUGUACCUCGCAGGCAAACUAAGCCAGUUUGAAGUGGUCGAUUGGGUAGGACGGACGGCGAAACAUCUUAGAUGGUGGGACAUGUUUGUAGAAGACGUCACCAUGGAUCUCUUAGAAGACAUUUGUCAUCAAGUCCUUGACUUAUAUUCUCAGCCUACAACUAGCCCCGCCCCCGACAGUCCGCCUCUUCCGCCUAGACCAACUACAGCAGUAACUAGAAAAUCAAAUGGCCAAGAAAAACCAGAAGUCCCUGAAAUAAUACCUACAGUUAAUACAAAAGUGCCACCACCUCCAGAUGUCCCCCAGUAUCCAUAUCAAACGUUUACAGGAGCUCCGCCUCCAAUUCCACCAUAUCCCGCUCCGCCGUACGCUGCGCCUUUACCAACGCCUCCAGGACCAACUCAUUUGGCCGCCCCGCCUCCGGGACCUCCACCACAUAUAAACCCCCCGACGGUAUUUCCACCGUACGUCACACAUCCACCGCCCUUUCCACCAAUGGGGCCUCCAGCAGGGCCGUUCUAUCAGCUAACGCCGCCUCCAGGACAGCCUCCGCAUAGACCUUAUUGAAUUAAAUAUAUAAAUUUGUUACAUAUAGGAUUUUUACUUUAAUUGUGAAUAUAUUAUGUAUAUGAGUGGACAACGGUGAAAUAAAUUUUCGUACUUCAA